GGACCCGGGCCGUGUGGCCAGGCGGUGUGCGGGGUUCAGAUGGAGGAAACGCUCUUACCAUCAGCUGAUCUUUAAACCUCAACCAUUAUGACUUCUUUCCGACUCUUGCUUUUCUAAACGUAGCAGCCAUGACUUCUCAUAAAAGAGAAGAGCUGCUGAGUGAUGGCAAGGACUCGUCCUCGGUCCCUGGUCAGCUUUACCGUCGCGGUCCCGAUGGCGCCACAGAGGAGCUUCAGUCAGAUCCGGUGAACACAACAUCAAAAUCUCAAAAAACCUGGAAAUUAAGAAGGACUGCCUUGACUUUCUUUGGUGUUAGAAGUAUCUGUAUUUUACCCAGCUUUUUCAGAGGGAGGAUCAAAAAUCAGGGCAAGAAAGAAAUCUGCAGAAGCAAAACGCAUGACGGGCUGAGUAAGGUCGGUCAUGACGACAGUCCCAGGAGCGAGUACGUCUCGACUGGAGAUUUGGAGUACCACAGCCAGAGGGAUGCAGCAGGAGAGCUCCACGGUAGCUGUCACAGUGAAUGUAGUCACCCUGCCGCCGACCAGAAAUCACUGACUCUCGGCCGGCAGAGAAAAGGUUUGAGGAGUCUUUUUCAAAGUUUUAAGCAGCACAGAGCUCAGAGAAAUGCUGAACCAGGGAAGACUGCUGAAUCCUCCCCUCAGUGCAAGAAAGAUGUGCCUGUUGUCCAGCGCAACCCCAUCCUGUAUGCCACCGAGUGCCUGGGAUCUGAACCCGAUGUGCCUGAUUUUGCAGCUGUGUUGUGCAAUGUUUCCCACGGUCUCCGUUGUAGUCAUGAAGAUGUGGUGGCAUUAGAAAACUGUGCAGAACGGGAGAGUCCAAACUCUGAGCUUGAUGUUCAGGCACGUAAUGAUCAACUUGAGGACGUGAAUUCAAACGUCGGAGUUUCUUGUAAAUAUGAGACUUCUAGGCGUUCCAGCGAGCCAUGUCUGAAAAUGCAGGUGGCUCCUGAGCCCAUGUUGAAGUCUCAAACUGCUGCCAGCUCAUCCGAUCAGCUGAAUAUGAUUUUUGGAGACGUGGCAUCUUUAAAGAGUUUCGAUUCGCUCACCGGAUGCGGGGACAUAAUCGCAGAUCAGGAGGACGACAGCUUCACGGAGAGCACCGUUUCUGGAGAGCGGAGCAGAAACGGAGGGAAGAGGGCCUCUUGUUAUCUUACCUAUCAGGGUGGGGGGGAAGAAAUGGCCUCGCCUGAGGAUUUGAAUGACACGGGUCUUCGGGACUUCUGGGCAAACAACACAUCGGAGGAGGUCUGCUGUACUUGUGAUCCAGAGCUGGCAGAUGUGACUGAGCUGACGAGUUCUAACAAUAUGGACGUGCUGAACAGCAGCAGCACACAGCAGGCUGGUGGCAUGGACACCUCCUCUAUUGCCGAUGAUUUAACCCCUCAAAGUGAACAUCAGGAGUCCGUUCCAAACAGUGAUGAGGGCUAUUAUGAUUCUACCACCCCUGGGCCAGAUGAGGGGCAGGAAAAAAGGGACCGGUUAAGAGCAGCCAGUCUACCCAGGGACAGUUAUAGUGGUGAUGCUCUCUAUGAACUGUUCGCACCUGAUGAGAGCCUGAUCAGUCCUCGUUACGAGAGCAAAUCGCAGCUUCCCAGUUUGAAACACUGUGACUAUUUCACUGAGCCAGUCGGCGCGACGGAUCCCGCCUUUGUUCCCGAAAUGAGUGGCUUACAAAUAAGUGCCGAGUUGUACAAAGACAGUUUUUUCGAAAUGCCAAGCAUGUGCGGAAAAUCCUCGCUGUUGACGCAAAAUAGGGUGGGUCUGCAGGAAAUAAGAGGGAAUAAAAACUGCAACUUGAAUUCCAAACCUGAAACUUCAGUCGGCGUGAAUAAGAUGAAACAAGAUGUAUUUAAUGAAAAGAGAAAUGUUGCUUCCGCUGAGAAAAUAAAAUCCACAAAGAACAGCUGUGAGAGUAGGCAAAGAAGUUUAUCGUUUGGAAGCACGUCUGACCCAGAUUUUGAGACUUUUUGUGAACCCAAAGAAGAGCAUCUUGAGGAAAACAAACCGGUGGCUUUGCCGUAUAAAAACAUCAGCCCUCAGUCUGAAGACUCUAAUAGUUACUCUGAAGACGGGCAGGCGGUGUGUUUCUCUCAAGCACUUGUGGACUACACCAAACACGCUGAAAUGCUGAGCGACUUGGAGACGAACUCUGCCCUCACUCCAAAUAUGGAGGCCUUACCUACCAUCGUCACGUUUGACGUCGUAGAUCUGCAUAACGAGGGGGAAUACGACGAGCAGAUCCACAUGAAUCUGGAAGAGGACACGUCGCUGCCCUUUCAGGAGUUUGGAGAAAGCUACCUACAAAAAGAUGCGUUUGCUGAGUGCGAUUAUCAGAUGUUGGAAUUGUACGACCAGAGCCUGAUCAGCAACACAUGGGCUGUUGCCAGUCUCCCACGGCACUUAGGCCUUACGAGAGUUAGCCAGUCCACUCUGAGCCCGCUGUCCUCGGACAGAAGUAGGUCUUUAGACACAGAAAGCCUUGACACCUACGGAGAAAACAGAGCUGCUGUAGUUUCUUGUCCUCAAGCUGAAGAGGACUUUGAGAGAGACUGUUCACUGUAUUAUACGAAUAAUGUAUCUGCAUCAGAGGUCAGGGACGCUAACAGCACCUCAGCCUUAGCGUGGCAGACAAUGUCAGAGGUGGCUUUGAGCCUUCCUUUGACAACUGGAGAAAUCACAGAAAAGGUCCAGAGUCUUGGCCAACCCCAAGCAGAACACAAGCUGUUCCCCUGCUCCUCGAACCAUAAUUUUCUAAAGUCUACAUCACAGCAUCAAGACUCUAACCCUUCGGACAACGUGAGCGAUUUGGUUUCGCAGAGUGCAGAACUUUACGGUAGACAGCGUCACCUUCCUUUGCCGUCUGAUUCUCGUUUACCGCAAAGCUCCUUGGUUUACUCGGGGCUCAUGGAGGUAGACUCGGAUAUCAGUGAUGAUGUUUUUUACAAGGCUUCUGCUGGUUUGCAGUCCUGUAACCAGAGCAGACCCUCGGCUGGUAGGGACGGUCUGUCGUACGGUAGGAGUCCACUGAAUGCAGCUGUGUUUACGGAUGAAACAUAAAUGGAUGUGAUGAUCCCUGUGGCCUGCAGUGAGCACCCUGAAGCUACGAGCAAUGAGAGGCGCUUUAUCACAUCAAUAUGAGUUAGUGGUUUUCAUCUAAAGUUUUUUUCUCUUGCACAGUCAUGAUUUUUAAUUUUCUGUGAUGGAAAUUGAUAUUGAAUUUAGAAACAACCUUAAAUGUAGAGUUUAAAUCUCACUUCCAUCAAGGCCUAGACAACUUUUUUUUUUCUUUCUGUUUUUUCAUAUCUGUUACUUCGCACACGUUACACAGAUCUUGGUUAAAGGUAUUUAUAGAAACAAAUGUUUAAUUUGCUGUAUAACUGCCCACGGUGUAUAAUGACAUUAAUUUUUACUAGAAUGUUAGUCCCACGUGUAGCCUCAGUGUGCAGGUCUCAGCUGUAACGCUUCACUUUGCUUCAAGGGUUUUGAUCAUUUGUUCAUUUGUUGCCUUUGAACACAUGAGUGCU